UACUUGCAACUUUGCUGAUUCUGACAAUUUGAUCACGAUAGGUGGAAUAGUGCGUGUAAAGGGUGUGUGCUAUUAAAAGAUCGCGUGUUUUACUUUAUGUGAUGGACAAAAGUGUAAUAAUCAAGAGUUGAUAGUUUUCUGCGUGGAUACCACUUAAUUGGGAAAAUCAAAAUGCCGAAACAAAUGAACGUGAGGGUGACCACCAUGGACGCGGAGCUGGAGUUCGCGAUCCAGCAGACGACGUCGGGCAAACAACUAUUCGACCAGGUGGUUAAAACUAUCGGUCUCAGAGAGGUCUGGUUUUUCGGAUUGCAGUACACUGAUUCGAAAGGUGACCUCACCUGGGUCAAGCUCUAUAGGAAGGUGAUGAGUCAAGACGUGAAGAAAGAAAACCCGCUCCAAUUCAAAUUCCGUGCCAAAUUUUAUCCCGAAGACGUCGCCGAAGAGCUCAUCCAAGACAUCACCCUCCGGCUGUUCUACCUUCAGGUGAAGAAUGCUAUCCUCUCCGAUGAGAUCUACUGCCCACCCGAAACUUCCGUCCUGUUGGCCUCUUACGCCGUUCAAGCCAGACACGGGGAUUACCAGAAGGCGCUACACAAUCCCGGAUUUUUGUCCAACGACAGGCUGCUACCUCAAAGGGUAAUGGACCAACACAAAAUGUCCAAAGACGAAUGGGAGAAUAGCAUCAUGACCUGGUGGAAAGAACACAGAGGGAUGCUCAGAGAAGAUGCAAUGAUGGAGUAUUUGAAGAUAGCUCAGGAUCUGGAAAUGUAUGGAGUGAACUAUUUCGAAAUUCGUAACAAGAAAGGAACUGAAUUGUACCUUGGUGUCGAUGCCCUUGGUCUCAAUAUAUACGAAAAAGAUGAUCAGUUGACUCCGAAAAUCGGCUUUCCUUGGUCCGAAAUCCGCAACAUCUCUUUCAACGACCGUAAGUUCAUCAUCAAGCCUAUCGACAAGAAGGCACCUGAUUUCGUUUUCUUCGCACCGCGCGUGCGCAUCAACAAGCGUAUUUUGGCCCUUUGCAUGGGCAACCACGAGCUGUACAUGAGACGCCGAAAACCUGAUACGAUCGAUGUCCAGCAAAUGAAGGCCCAAGCAAGAGAAGAAAAACAGGCCAAGCAACAGCAGAGAGAGAAGCUCCAAUUCGAAAUCGCUGCCAGGGAAAGGGCGGAGAAGAAGCAGCAGGAAUACGAGGAUAGAAUUAAAUCCAUGCAAGAGGAAAUGGAAAGAAGCCAAGCCAAUCUCCAAGAGGCCCAGGAGAUGAUUCGAAGGUUAGAAGAACAGCUUAAACAGCUCCAGGCUGCCAAAGAGGAACUGGAGCAGCGGCAGAACGAAUUGCAAGCGAUGAUGGAACGCCUGGAGGAGAGCAAGAAUAUGGAAGCUGCGGAAAGACAGAAACUAGAGGACGAGAUCAAGGCCAAGCAACAGGAAGUGCUUCGCAUUCAGGAAGAGGUCGAGCUGAAGGAUUCCGAAACCAAACGUCUCCAAGAAGAAGUGGAAGAGGCUCGUCGUAAGGAGGAAGAGCUGAAACAGCAGCAGAUCGCCAAUGCCACCAAGGGGCAUUUGGAGGAGAACGAUCAUAACGAAGAUGACGAAUUGGUCAACGGUGAUGUCAGCAAAGAUCUCAGUACUGACGAGAACAUUGUCGAUCCCAUCGAAGAUAGGCGCACGCUCGCCGAACGCAAUGAACGUUUGCAAGAUCAGCUACAGGCUUUGAAGAAAGAUCUUGCUCAAUCUCGCGAUGAAACAAAAGAAACUGCCAUGGACAAAAUUCAUAGAGAAAAUGUUCGUCAAGGAAGAGACAAAUACAAGACACUCCGUGAAAUUCGUAAGGGCAACACCAAGCGUCGCGUGGAUCAAUUUGAAAACAUGUAAAAUUCUGCCAAUCAUAUGUCAAUUACUAGGAAUUUAUUCUUGAAAAUCUUUAAAAACCUUCAAAUGCUCAAUAUGAGAUAAUUUCAUUCAAAUACUUUAAUUCAAGUUUUCGGUUCAGUUUUUACUUAAUUGGUAAGUAUUAUUAUCCUUUUUCUUUGUCGAAAUGUAAGAUACUUGAGCCUAUUGGCUCAGAUUAAGUGGCCUUAGAUAUCUACCAUUUUUUGCUUUGUUAGAUUUAUUGCUUUUUAUACAUACAUAUAUAUUUUAACUAUGUUAUGAAGUGUUUCCACUUGUGAUAAAAUCAAGUUUGGUAAAACUCCAACUGAACUGAAAAUCAAAACUCGCCAGAUCUGCAAAACUAAAUUUUUUUUAAAGAAAGCAUUCCAAUUUAUAAGUAGUUUCCUGUCAUUAAUCUUAGUGCCAUUUGUUUAUCGGGCUAAAAUACAAAAAAUAAAUAUUCCUGAGUGUUGAAAAAUCUGCGUGUUAUUUUCCAGAAAAUCAACAAUAUUUGUAUAAUAUGGAACAACUACUAUAUUUUCUACACCAUAAGGUCAGGUGCUUCUCAAAGGUGAGAUGUAUAAUUUCAAAAAACCUCUCACAUUUUCUAGAAACACAAUUUCAAAAUAUUUAUUGUAUCUGAAGUAUGUUGGUCUAUCCUACAUAUCAAUGUUUACUCAAUUCAAAGAACGCUUGCUUUCUUUUAAUCUGAGAACUGAUUGCAUAUUUCCUUCUGUACAAUUUUUCUAAAACAAGACUUUUGAAGUAUCUAAUAAAAAUGUUUUUAAAUUGUUUGAUAUGAUGUGUACAUAAUUUACCGUGUUGCCUUCUUGUAGGGUAGUUAAUUUUGAAUAUUUUACUCUUAGUGUUGUAACUUUUCAUAAUAAACUUUUCUAAUUUUGGUAGGGGAAGUUCCAAGUUUUGCAAAUGGUUUUAUUUUUAAGUUUCAAAAGGAUGUUUCCCCAUAAAAGUUCAUGAUUAUUUUGUAAGCAUUUAAUACAUAUAACUCACAUUCAUUUAUUUCAGACAGAUUAGUUAUGGAUGACCUUUGUAUAGUCUACUUAAACUACUCUUACUCCUGUGGAAUUUUGUUAGGAGUAUUUUCAUCAAUUAUGUACUUUUAGGGUAAUAAUAAAUAUUAUUUGGACUA